UAGAGCUAAUAGCGAGCGACUUUUGCAGUUUGUGAAGACAUAAACAAGUAAAUAAUAAAGUAAUAAAUAGAAAUCAGAAAAGCCCUAAUCACUGUUUCAUAGGAAUGGGAGGGUGUUUUUCUGAUGUGAAAGGAGGGAAGCAAGCGGUGGGAGUGGGAGGGAAUGGAGCCCACAACGACGCCCUGGAUUUGUUUUACAAGUCUCAUCAAAUGUUCACACAACUUGAGUUAUCUCUUUCAGCAUCCAACUUACUUGAUCGAGACAUUACAUCAAAGAGUGAUCCCAUGGUUGUAGUGUAUGCAAAGAAAAGAGAUGGUAAAAUGGAAGAAAUAGGUCGCACUGAAGUCAUUCUGAAUUGUUUAAAUCCAGAGUGGAUUGAGAAAAUUAGUGUUGCUUUUCACUUUGAAAUUGUGCAACCACUUGAAUUUCAUGUGUAUGAUGUUGAUACAAAAUAUCAUAGCGUUCCCACCACGACACUAAAACUGGGAGAUCAAGACUUCCUUGGAAUGGCCAGUUGCACGUUAUCAGAGAUUGUGACUAAACCAAGUAGGAGCUUAUCAUUAAGGCUCAAAAACAAAAGUAGGCAUGAUGUUUUGAGAAACCUAGGGGAAAUUACUGUUCAUGCUGAAGAGACCGUUGCUUCAAGGAGUGCAGUUGAGAUGGUCUUACGUUGUACUCACUUGGAUAACAAGGACUUUUUCUCUAAAAGUGACCCUUUUCUAAGAAUAUCAAGAAUGGUUGAGACUGGAGGUUAUGUUCCUAUAUGCAAGACUGAAGUUAUCGACGACAAUUUAAAUCCAAAAUGGAAACCACUUUGUCUUAGUGUCCAGAAAUUUGGAAAUAAAGAUAAUCCAUUAUUGAUCGAGUGUUUUGAUUUCAAUAGCAGCGGCAAUCAUGUACUUAUUGGUAAAAUGCAGAAGUCAGUAGCAGACCUUGAAAAGCUGUACAAAGAGAGAACAGGCGCAAAUUUUGUCAUACCAUCCACACGCCACAGACAAGAGAAGGUUCUGAAGGGUCAACUGUUUGUGGAUCAAUAUUGCGUAAAAGAGCAAAUCAGUUUUAUUGACUACAUAUCUAGUGGUUUUGAGCUGAACUUCAUGGUUGCUAUAGAUCUCACGGCUUCAAAUGGAAAUCCUCACCAUUCAGAUUCGUUGCAUUACAUUGAUGCAUAUGGCCGGUUAAAUUCAUACCAAAAGGCUGUAAUGGAGGUUGGAGAAGUUAUUCAGUUUUAUGAUUCUGAUAGGCAGUUUCCUGCUUGGGGUUUUGGAGGGAAGCUACCUGGUGGUACUGUAUCCCACUGUUUUAAUCUAAAUGGGAAUCCUGGUGCCUCUGAGGUUGUAGGAGUUGAAGGCAUAAUGGAUGCUUAUGCCAGUGCUUUACGCAGCGUCACUCUCUCAGGACCCACUUUAUUUGGUCCAGUUAUCAACAUGGCUGCACAAAUGGCUGUCCAGUCCAUCACAUCACAUAACAACACCAAGUAUUAUGUAUUGCUUAUCAUAACGGAUGGGGUUGUUACGGAUCUUCAAGAAACAAUAAAUGCUGUGGUUAAAGCAUCUGAUCUUCCCCUGUCAAUUCUUAUAGUUGGAGUUGGAAAUGCUGAUUUCAAAAGCAUGGAGGUGCUGGAUGCUGAUAAUGGGCGUCGGUUAGAGAGUCCCACCGGUCGCGUGGCUACACGAGAUAUAGUGCAAUUUAUCCCUAUGAGAGAAGUACAGAGUGGGCAGAUAUCUGUUGUGCAAGCUCUUUUGGAAGAACUACCUGAUCAAUUUUUGUCUUUUAUGCGAAGCAGGGACGUCAAGCCACUACCUUGUUCCGAUUUCCCUCAAGCAUCAUCAUCCACUGUGAAAUAGAUUUUACCAACAAACAAGAUGUGCAUGUUUAUUUUCUUCUAUAGUUGGUGGUCCACACAACCCGUUCAAUUUCAAGGGAUUUCAUUUUUUAACUCGUGCACAUAGGGAAGGAGGAUGACUUGAUGAGUGAAAGAAUGUUAUUUGGUCCGUGGCAGGCCAAAAAAACUCUAUUAGCUAAACUAGUUUGCAUCUUUUUCAAUUUGCGUUUUUUUCUUGAAAUGAAAUGUAAAUAGAAACGUGAAUUGGAAGUAUAUAAGUGUAAAAGGGUACGCAUAAUGGUUUGCUUUGGUACCAAUAUUGCAGAGAAAAUAUUUUAUGUUCGUUUAAUUUUCUUCUUACA